CGCAUACAUAUGUAGUUUAAAUGUAAAUAAAAGAUUAAAAGUAGUACUUUGCGAAAGUUGCUCAGAAAUCUAGAGCUCUUUCAACACGAAAUAGAUAAGUAAAAUAAGAAAUGUAAUAGUGCUGUCCUAAAGAUUUUAUGGAACAUAUUUAAAUAGAAUCUCUGCAAUUCAAAUUAAUCAAAAAAAUUUUCUUGUGCGCAUGAUCUGAAAUUUUUACACAUGUGUUUUGGUAAAGCGAAUACAAUUCACGUGCGGUCGAAAUUCAUGAAGAAAAAUAUUGUUAAUACUCUGUUUUUAAAUUACAUAAUAAUUUAAACAAACUCCAGUUACGUUAUAAUUGGAUAAUUAUGGGCAAGAGUUUGAUGAAUUUGCCUCAGAAUGGGCAAAAAAUAUUUUGGAUCAGUUGUGCGUGUGUGGGUGCUUAUGUUGCUUAUCGAUAUUGGAAAAAAAGAGAAUCGAAAGCUAUUGACGAAGGCUUCGAAGAUGUUACAAGGUUAGAUGAUAGUAAUGAACGAAGAGUACUUCUCCUUGGUCUAAAAGGUGCUGGAAAGACAUCAGUAAUGAAUCAAGCUGUUGCUGCUGAUUCUCAUGGAAAUUAUUAUCAAUUUCCACCAAAACCUACCGAUGGAUUUGCUGUUUACCGGCUAAAAAAGGGGAAUUAUAUCUUCAAUGUUUGGGAAAUUGGGGGAUCAGAAGAAACAAAGCAACAUUGGAGUAAUUUCUUACAAGACACUGACCUUUUAGUAUUUAUGGUAGAUGCAAGCGAUGCUGAUAAAUUAUCUCAAGCUGUGUUAGCAUUGAAACAAUUAUUAGGAGAUAGUAGAAUGGAUAAUGUCCCCAUACUAGUCAUCGCUAAUAAGCAGGAUGUUUCAAAUGCAUUAAGGAUGGACCAAAUCAAGAAAGCUUUAGAUCUUCAUAGCAUCUCACCUCUAAAACACAAAGUCGAAGUAAUUGAAAGUCAAACAAUGCCAAUGCCACCAAUAGAACCUGGUAUAAAAGAGUAUAAUUGGUACCAUCCUAGUAUUGAUACAGUCAGAAAAAAAAUAUUUUCACUUGCUACCAUAUCGUAAAUCAAAAGAGUCAAAUUUUUUUUGGAUAAUUUUCUCUAUUUAUAAGUAUAAAAACUAAAUAUAUUGAUUAUAUAAGUGAUUAAGUAAUGAAAAAUAAUUAUAUGCAUAGAAGGUAAAAGGAAUAACAAAUCCUUUAGAGAAAUAUUUUUUAUGGCAACUUCCAUGUCUUUUGGACCAUAAGAUAAAACAAUUUACGUUGAUAUUAUGAAAAGAUUAAUAUAAUUAAUCAUGAUGCAUUUAUUAUAAAGAAUAUAUUUUUUUUCACGAAAUGAAAAAAUUAUUUUUACAAAUCAUUUU